AUGAGCGACAAGGUGUCCUCGACGGACGCGCAUAAUAAGCUAGAGGACCUCUCUGGCAUCGCGCUCAAGCCCGGCGAAAACCCGUACGCGGCUUUCAUCAAGGCCUGCCACAACAGCCAUGAGGAAAUCCAGCAGCUGUACUCGGUCCAUCGUACCAGGCGUAACGCCCAACAAAAGGACAAGUUUCUGUCUCCUGACUUCAGCGGCCUCAUCAUCGACCAGCACCUGCUGAAGCUGGAGAGACCGCAUAUCGAGCCCGGCUUUCAAGAUGAGAGGAACUGUCUCGUCCUGUGGGCGCGGCCGCCGAUUCAUGUAAUUCAGUUGGCUGAAAAGCUGCAAAAUAUGCUCAAGGCGGCUGCUCCAGGCGUCUGGCUGAUGCCGACGUACCGGAUGCAUCUCACCACUCUUGAAAUCACUUUCUCCAAGACGCCCGAGGAGAUUGGAUCGCUGGUGUCCGUCCUCCGUCCGGCGCUCCCCUCCAUCACGUCUUACACGCACACCCACCGUGCGCGUCUGGUCAAGCCCAUGAUCUCAUAUGACCUCUCAGCGUUUGCGGUCUCCUUCCUGCCGGCGUCGGGUGAACUGGCAACCUCGCCAGCUGCGACGCAGCCUGAUCCGCAAGAUGGCGUCACCUCAGGCGACGACUACACAUACCACCACCUGCGGCGAGACAUCUUCGACCAGGUGUGCGACGCAGGUCUCGAGGUUGGAUCGCGAUACCAGGUCCCGAGCGCGCACAUUACUCUCGGGCGGUACCUGGACGGGGCUGAGCAUGACACUCCGGAGAAAAGGGCUAGCUGGAUCAAGGCGAUUGACGAGAUCAACGAGUGGCUCGAGAAGGAGGUCUGGGAUAAGUCGGACGCCGAGUUCAACGGAGAGUGGGUUGUCGGACAGGAGAAGGGUCUUGACGCUCGCAACGGAACGCUGUGGUACGGGGGUGGAAGAACCAUCAUGAUGGGCGAAGGCUUCUAG